GCCCGCUCAACACUAAGUCCACUUUUUUUGUUCUUCAUAUAUAUAUAGAUGUUGUGUAUUGAUAAUAGGUAGAAUUCAAGCAUUCUGCCUUGUGGGUUUUCUUGUUUGGAGCUAUGGAACCAGAACGAACAGGGAUAAACUUUUGGAGCUCUCUCCCCGUUCCCUGUGUUCAGGAGCUUGCGAAGGAGACGACGGCGACAGUGCCGCCGCGGUAUGUCCGUUCCGAUCAGGACCCUCCCAACAUCUCCGACUCCACAGCUUGUUUACCCCAAGUCCCGGUCAUCGACAUGCAAAAGCUUUUCUCCCCGGAAUUUAUGGACUCCGAGCUGGAGAAGUUGCACCAUUCAAGCAAAGAAUGGGGUUUCUUCCAGUUGAUAAACCAUGGGGUGAGCACUACAUUGUUGGAGAAUUUGAAGUCAGGCGUUCAAGAAUUCUUUAAUCUCCCAAUGGAAGAGAAGAAGAAGUUUUGGCAACAUCCGGGAGAUCUUCAGGGAUUUGGGCAGGCCUUUGUUGUGUCUGAAGAGCAGAAGCUUGAUUGGGCAGACUUAUUCUACAUGAUCACUCUUCCAACCCAUUUGAGGAAGCCCUACUUGCUCCCUAAGUUCCCUCAACCAUUCAGAGAUACCUUAGAAGCUUACUCAGUUGAAUUGAAAGCUCUUGCCAUGAAAAUCCUUGACCUCCUGGCAAAAGCUCUCAAAAUGGAAGCUAUGGAUAUGAAGGAGUUGUUUGAAGAAGGGUGGCAAAGCAUUAGGAUGAACUAUUAUCCUCCCUGUCCACAACCAGAGCUUGUCAUUGGCCUCAAUCCUCACUCUGAUGCUGUUGGCCUAACAAUCCUCCUACAAGUCAAUGAAAUGGAGGGUCUCCAGAUAAGAAAAAAUGGGAUGUGGAUUCCUGUUAAACCCCUCCCUAAUGCUUUUGUUGUCAACAUUGGAGAUAUCCUGGAGAUGGUGACGAAUGGUCUAUACCAAAGCAUCGAGCAUCGAGCGACGGUUAACUCGGAGAAGGAAAGGCUCUCUAUAGCAGUAUUUUACAGCCCAAAGCUGGAUGGGGACAUGGGACCAGCACCAAGCCUUGUUACAGCAGGGAGACCAGCAUUGUUCAAAAGAAUAGGUGUUGCAGAAUACUUCAGGGGAUUUUAUUCCCGCGAACUAAGUGGAAAAUCAUAUAUAGAUGUCAUGAGGAUCCAAAAUGGUACCCAUUAAUUAAUAUGACAAGUCAAUAACUACCUUAAAAUGAGGUAUAUAAAUGCCGUACAACUUAUUGGAUGCUAAUGGAUUGUCCAUUCAAACUAUUGUAUGCAGAUCAUAUUCAGACCAAUGAAUGUACACAAAACAACUAUUUUGCUGCCCUAAUUGUGACUGAUUUAAUUUAGGCUCUUUUUGUUUCAACAUAAAAUAAUUUAGAGGACGCUUCAUAAAUGAUGUACUGUCAGAUGGAUUUAAUAUCAGUG